GCUGCCUGCCAAGUGCCGUGUCUCGCCGCGCUUCUUCGCCGCGCCGGCCGCCGGUCGCGACGCCACGCGUGGCGCUGGAUUCGCGCAUGGUGGCAACGUGCCGCGCCGACGCUGCCGAGUUCAGUGGUCCCCACAUCCGCAGCCGCUGCCACCGCUUCGCCUUCCGUUUCUCCUUUCUUUCCCCAGUCGAAGCGCGCAGGGCUCACUCGCGGCCGCGGCGGCGCUCACCUCACUUGCGAGCUGAGGCUGUAGCUGAAGCUGAAGCCGAAGCCCUGGGGGAGGAGGGCGCAAGAUUUCGGUAGCGGUUCCCCGCAUCCCUUCUGUCCCUGAGGCUCUCUGCGGCUCCACAACGACGGCGGCGACGAGGAGGAGCGUCUGAGUCUGACGGCGCGGCGAAAUGGAUGUGGUAUGCGAAGUGUGUGGUGCUGUCGGUUACAAGCAUCUUUUGGUACAAUGUAACAGCUGCAGGAAUGCUACUAGGCACAGAUAUUGUUUGGAUACGGUUAUUUAUGAUCCAUCAAUUGAAUGGUUGUGCGAUGAUUGCGCCCCAAGACAUAAUGAAGCCGUGGAAUCAUUAAAUUGGUGGGGUGAUGACCACCACUCUAUUCAAUUGGGUUCUUCUAUAAUUGAUGAACCAAAUGUGAAUAGAGCGAAGGUGACGGAGGAAUUGUGGUCAUGGGGGCAUCGUAGACAUAGAUCGCACAUGGCAAGAAGAUAUUGUACUUGGGGGCAUCGGAAACAUAGAUCGCGGAAGGGGAGAAGGGAUAGUACAGAUGCUUGCACUAGACAUUUUCCAAGUGAAGGUACAUUCAACUCUUCGGAAAUGUUCAUUGGGGAAAAUUCAAAGCUGAAAGAUGUUGAAAAGGAAGGGGAAAGUAAAAAUGAUCACUUAACUUAUGGGCCAGAAAUUGCUGAUGGUUCAAGUCAUUCGGCUUCUGGCCUUGCUGCAGAAAUACAAAAGACGAUGGAUGAUGUUGAACCUACUAUGAACACUAUGGAGUGUCUAGACCUGGGCCUCUUAAAAGAAAAAGAUAGGUGUUCCUUGUCACCAUGUUAUGUUGAAGGGUCCAUUCCUCAAGGUAGCAAAACUGACUUACUUCCUUUAAUCAUUGAGAGAUCCCAACCAUUUAUUACGGAUGAUUCUUGUCCUCCACUGCCAACUGUGGAGCCAGAAGAUGGUUCUAGUCAGGCAUCGGAAAGUGCGGAACAGUCUUGUCCUUGGGUGGGGGUUAAUCCAAAUGCCUCAAGCCAUUCACCCUUGGACCCUGCACUAGAAAUUGAAGAACAAGAAAUGGAGGCAGGCUUUUUUGCUUCAGUUAAUGAUGCCCAGCAAUCCCAUCCGUCUUUUACUGGUGAAACUAGUCCUACAUUGUCAAGUGAGGAGCAUAUAUGUGGUUCAACCUCGGAAAGUUGGGAGCAACCUCAGCCUUUAGAAGUGAUUAAACCAUGGGGGGAUGUGCCAAAGAGUAUCCUAGGAUCAAACCCUCAAUCAAGUUACUCACAGCCAAUGCAGUCAUCAGGUCUAGAUGUUGGGAAUACAAACGUCUUGGAUUCUUCUAUAGUGUGCUUGUUCUCGAGGUCAAUGUCAAAGACUGUAGAGCCAUCAAGUCCCUCAAAUGGAGGAGACUCAGCUGUUGAGCAAGACCAUGUUGAAAGAACAGAAUGCUUUUCAGUCAAGGAAACUGUCACCCCUUCAGUCGAUAAUGUCCAGGGAUUGAGUCCCUUGGCAGAGCCAUCAAGUUCCUCAAAUGGAGGGGACUCAGCUGUUGAGAAAAACAGCGCUGAAAGAACGGAAUGCUUGUCUGGCACGGAAAUUGUCAUCCCUGCACUGGAUUAUGUCCAGAGAUUGAGUCCAUCGGCGGAGCCAUCAAGUUCCUCAAAUGAAGAACGAGACUCAGCUGUUGAGAAAAACAGUGCUGAAAGAACAGUAUGCUUGUCACGCACGGAAACUGUCACCUCUGCACUGGAUAGUGUCCAAGGAUCAAGUACCUUAACAGCAAAAGAAUGCUUGGUUUCUGAUGUAGACAACUCAGAUGAAGCAAAUAGAUCAGAUAAACAUAAUCUGUGCAGCAUAGAAAACACGGAGAGUGGACAAGUUGAGGUACCUUCACAUCUAAACAUCUUGAAUGGCGAACUCCAUUGCAGUCACAAUGGCCUUAAUGAAAGCUCCCAUCCCAAUUCUGAGCUGAAGGGAAGGAAUACCCAAGAUGAUGUGCCGAAGGCUUCAGUUUCUGCUGCCAAAAAUGUGGUUUGUAGCCAAGUAUCACAAACGGAAAAUGAUAACAGUGAGGCAUUGCCUUCCAAGAAUAGUCCAUGCAAGGCAACAAAAAGUAACUUUAAAAAUCGAUCAAACAUACACACUCAAUAUCAUACUAAACAUCAGGAAACCAAGCUUGAGAUCAUUACCAAGGAUAGAAAUGCUGAUCCUGCACAACUGAAAAGUUGUAGGCCAUCAAAGCAAUCCGAUCAUGCUUGCUUAAGUGUUGGCUCGGAGUUGUCUUCAAAGACUAAGGAAGUAAAUAAUGCCAAUGAUGCAGAGCCAAUAUUUUCUAGUGCAGCUCAAUCUUUUGAGAAUAUUGUGCCCAUGAAAAGAAAACGACCUAUUUUACCAUGUGAUGAAGAUGAAGAUGCCAAGGCCAUGCAGGUGGGAGAUUCAAACCCCCCAUCCAGCAAGAAUGAUGAACAGGUAAGGAUGAAUAGGAGACAUGUAGAAAAUGGUGCAAUGAACAAGAGAAGAUCUGGAGGGAAUCAUGAGGAAGCGUCGCGUCCAGGAAAUACACAGACAAAGAAGCAGAGAAGGGAAAAUAAAGAUAAAAAUGCACCUCUAAGGAAUCCUAGUGUGCGGUGCGCACCGAACGAUGCUGAGCAGUUAGCAUCAGAAGCUGCAGUGACAGAGGACCACUGUAGCAUAUCCGGGAUGCCAGUCUUUUCAGCAUCUACAGAUCAAGAACGCUUUUUUUGUCCACGACCCGUUGAUAGAUCAUAUUGGAUUGGAAUCAUGAAGAUUGGCCAAGAGUAUAUUUCCCUGGCUGCACAUCUCUCAAAUCAAGCAUGCAAGAAGGUGCAGGAAUUAUCAAGAUCAUUACCACCUGUAAUGAAAGUAACAAAGCAUUCGAAGUUGAAAGCCUGGCCAAAGAGGUGGGAGGCAUCAUCAGAACCUACUGCUGAAAGCAUUGGCUUGUAUUUCUUUUCAGAUAAUAUGAGGCCAAAUAAAGAUCUGGAUCGACUAGUGCAGUAUGUCACUGAUCAUAGCAUAAUUCUGAAAUAUGUUUUUGGCGUUGACAAGCUGCUGAUCUUCCCUUCUGUUCUCCUACCAGAGCAAUGUCAAACGUUCCAAGGGAAACCCUAUCUGUGGGGAGUGUUCAGGCGCAGGUCAUGCAAGAGCAAAGCAGCUAGUCAAGUGAAACAAAAGGUUUCUACAUCACAUGCUGCGGAGAGAAAGGACCGUGAAGAUAAGGUGCAAGGUGACACCCAGGACCAAGAAAUUCCUGUUUCAAAGGGUACCAUGCCAUCUGAGAGGCAACCGUCUCCAGGCGCUGUCCAUGGUGUUGGCACUGAGAUUGACCCCAGUGAUCAUGGACAGCCUCACGCAAAUUCAGAAGCUCCCCCAACCAAGCUGCUUGGCCUUGUCGUUGCGCAGACACCAAGAUCGGAGCAGUUUAUCAAGGAGCUGGAAAAUGAAGGCGCACUUGUGUUUGCUGUGAAGGGGUUGGUGAAGCCGGGUUCUUUAGGGCUUUAGGCCUCCGAUGCUGUAGGGUCAGAGAACUAACCCGCGACAACAGCGUUCCGGCUUCUGAAGCGUAGCUGUAACCUUCUGUGAUGUUUAGGACCAAAUUAGAUGGUCGUUAAUCCUGUAGGAGUGUAUGAUGUACCAAACUGAAGCUCGACUGGAGCUUUUUUCAAUUUGUCGCUUUUGAAAAACUCAAGAUUGUACUGAGCAAAGAAUAUAAAAUUGAGGUUUCCUUAUGA